AAACUCAAUUCCACUUUCCAAAUUACCGGCAUAUGAGCGCCUAGGGAGCUGAACCGUAAUACUGGUAAAUAUCAAUCCAAUCUUCCUUGCUGUGCAGAAGUCUCCACCAGUUGGGAGUUGAGACCCUUGCUGCUCCAAAGUCUGAAGCGUUUCCCACUGGACGUCAUCCAUCACCAACGCUACCACGCGAAAAGAUCCAUCUACAAUUUCCCCGGUUCUCACCACCAAUUUCCUCCGAUAAUCCAUGGCGAGGUGCUUGCUAGCAUGAAGAUACCUGCUCCGUAGUUCUCGACUUUCCUGUGAAUCGAUCCCACGGCUCGAACGUACGGCCGUUCCACUCCGAAGAUGCCGUCCAUGCUGCUCGUCAUCGCCGCUAUCCAUUUGAUCAUUCAUCUGGUUAAUACCUUUGGCACUUCAGGGGUCGAUGAGCUGCUAUGGAUCUUGUACAACAAGCUCCCGACUCCGACAUCAAAAUCCGCCCAGGAACAACUUCGACUGCGGCGGGAAGUUCUACGACUGAAACGACAGAUGCAUGCCACGAGUGCGCAAGACGACUUUGCGAAAUGGGCCAAGAUUCGGAGGCAGCAUGAUAAGGUCCUGUCCGACUACGAGAAGAUAUCAUCGAACCUGUCCUCGGCGAAACGAACCUUCAGCGGAACACUCUCCACCGGUCGUCUUAUCGCAACGAAUGGCACAAAACUCGGGAUUCAGUGGUGGUAUGCGAAGCUGCCGAUGUUCUGGAUGCCGACCGGAUGGGUUCCUUACUACGCGGAAUGGAUGCUCUCGUUCCCUCGAGCCCCAUUAGGGAGCGUGAGCAUCUACAUAUGGGGACUCGCGUGCGCCAGCGUAAUCAGUCUCGUUAGCGAAGCCAUCGUCGCAUUGUAUGCUCUUGCAUUUGGUCAGGCAGUGGAUCCGAGCAAGCUGAAGGCACAGAGUGAGGCCACGGAGGCUCCUCAGGAAGACAGAAGAAAAGAGCUAUAAUUUGUCUCUUGCAUAUCAAGCGCAGUAUCCUUUCGCAUAUAAUGAAUCCAGCGGUGGAGAACCUUGCGCAUAUGAAUGCGAUAUAGAUAUGUAGGAAGUAUGUUUCUCAGCAUCUGACGCGAUGUCUUCAACGCCUUAGCUCAGACUCUGCAAUGCGCAUGAGAUGGACCUUUGAAGGUCCAAUGAUUUACUUUUGGCGGUCUUUUUGAACCCGGCAUUCAUUUAAAUAGUGUGAAUCACCGGGUCUUCG